AGGAAUAUUUGUGAAGGCCUAUCAGAAGUAACAACAAUAAUUCAAUUUCCACACAAAAUAGGCCUUGUAAGGUUCAAAUCGAACCUUAACAUGGUGGUUCUCAACCUGCGGCAUUUAACUAAAAUUCAAAUCAGCAUCUUCUAGGUAGGAAAAAGUAGAAUUUUUUUAGGUGAGUGAUAGUUCACAGUUGCAGACUUUGCAGGAUUGGGAUAAAUGUGAAAAAACCCAAAAAGUUUUGCAUUUUUCAAUAGAAUUUCAGUUCUAUGUUCAGGUUUUGGGUGUGAGACAAACCCCACCACCGAUCAAGAUUGGAAGCACAAGUAGGGUUAGGCAGAUUAUUGAUAGAGACUUGAGAUCAAUGGAUACUACUUUAAUUCCUCCUAAAUCGAAAGAAGAGAUCAAAGUAGAGGAUGAAAAGGGGAAGGAAAGAGAGAAUGAUAUAGUACCACCACCGCCAACAAGUACAAUGAUUCAUAGAUCGAGUUCUCGGCCUCAAUUAGAUCUUAGCGGAGCUGCAAUUCAAGGGAACUUUGAAGAGCGAGACCCUGCAAUUCUGUUACCUAAUCAAUCUGAUGAUAUUUCUCAUUUGGCUUUGGAUAUUGGAGGAUCUCUGAUCAAGCUGAUCUAUUUCUCGAGGCACGAGGAUCAUUUGGUUGACGAUAAGCGAAAGAAAACUCUGAAAGAGAGACUGGGGCUUUCUAACGAUAGUAGAAGGAGUUACCCUAUUCUUGGUGGAAGACUUCACUUCGUGAAGUUUGAAACUCGGAAGAUUAACGAGUGUUUAGAUUUUAUCCAUUCUAAACAGCUUCACCGUGGCGGGAUUGAUCCACGGGGCUGGAGCUCUGAGGCUCCAAACAAUGAUAAUGCGGUAAUUAAGGCUACAGGUGGUGGGGCAUACAGAUUUACGGACCUCUUCAAAGAGAGGGUUGGGGUUAGUCUUGACAAGGAAGAUGAAAUGGAUUGUCUGGUGGCUGGAGCCAAUUUUUUGCUAAAGGCAAUCCGCCACGAAGCUUUCACACACAUGGAAGGCCAGAAGGAGUUUGUACAGAUUGACCAAAAUGAUUUAUUUCCCUAUCUCCUGGUUAAUAUCGGCUCUGGUGUUAGUAUGAUUAAGGUGGAUGGCGAUGGGUCGUUUCAGCGGGUUAGUGGGACAAAUGUUGGUGGUGGUACUUAUUGGGGCUUGGGAAAGCUUUUGACGAAAUGCAAGAGCUUUGACGAGUUGUUAGAGUUAAGUCAGCGAGGAGAUAACAAAGUGAUAGACAUGCUUGUUGGAGAUAUCUAUGGUGGUAUGGAUUAUUCCAAGAUUGGUCUCUCAGCAUCAACUAUUGCUUCCAGCUUUGGGAAAACUAUCUCUGAAAAUAAGGAACUUGAAGACUAUAGUCCUGAAGAUAUAUCCCUGUCUCUUUUGCGGAUGAUUUCAUAUAAUAUUGGGCAGAUUGCUUAUUUAAAUGCACUUCGAUUUGGGUUGAAGCGUAUUUUUUUUGGAGGAUUUUUCAUAAGAGGUCAUGCUUAUACGAUGGACACCAUAUCCUUUGCAGUACAUUUCUGGUCCCAGGGUGCGGCAAAAGCUAUGUUUUUGCGGCACGAGGGAUUUCUUGGUGCAUUGGGUGCAUUCAUGAGUUAUGAAAAGCAUGGGCUUGAUGACUUGAUGGCGCAUCAACUGGUAGAACGAUUUCCAAUGGGUGCACCUUAUGUCGGAGGAACCAUUCAUGGUCCUCCACUAGCGGGUUUGAGUGAGAAGAUUUCAUGGAUGGAGAAAUUCGUGCAGAAAGGAACAGAGAUUCUUGCUCCUGUUCCAAUGGCUGCGCCUAGGACCACAGGUCUUGGAGGCUUCGAAAGUCCUUCAUCAAAAGGAAACACCUUGCGGUCUGAUGAUGCAGCUCUUAAUGUAGGAGUACUUCAUCUGGUACCUACACUGGAUGUAUUUCCCCUAUUGGCAGAUUCAAGAGCGUACGAGCCUAAUACUAUCGAUCUCUCGGAUCACAGUGAGCUUGAGUACUGGUUCACUGUACUGUCAGAGCAUUUACCUGAUCUUGUUGAUAAGGCGGUUGCCAGUGAAGGUGGAACUGAUGAUGCUAAAAGAAGGGGUGACGCAUUUGCUCGUGCAUUUUCUGCUCACUUGGCAAGGUUGAUGGAAGAACCUGCUGCCUAUGGGAAACUAGGACUUGCCAAUCUUUUGGAGCUACGUGAAGAAUGCCUGAGGGAGUUCCAAUUUGUCGAUGCCUAUAGGUCCAUAAAACAGAGGGAAAAUGAAGCGUCCCUUGCAGUUCUGUCUGACCUUCUUACGGAGCUUGAUGGUAUGAAUGAGGAAUCGAGACUACUUGCUUUAAUUGAAGGUGUUCUUGCUGCAAAUAUUUUUGAUUGGGGAUCUCGUGCAUGCGUUGAGCUCUAUCAUAAAGGAACCAUCAUUGAAAUUUAUCGUAUGAGUCGAAAGAAGAUGCAACGGCCAUGGCAGGUGGAUGACUAUGAUUUGUUUAAAGAGAGAAUGCUGGGUUCCGGAGACAAGAAGCCUCGCCCUCAUAAAAGAGCAUUGCUCUUUGUAGACAACUCCGGUGCCGACAUUGUUCUCGGGAUGCUUCCACUAGCACGUGAACUCCUCCGACGUGGAACUGAGGUUGUAUUGGUGGCUAACUCGCUUCCUGCAUUAAACGAUGUAACUGCUAUGGAGCUUCCGGAAAUAGUAGCCGAGGCUGCCAAGCAUUGUGAUAUCCUCCGCAAAGCUGCUGAAGCUGGAGGUCUACUAGUGGAUGCAAUGACAAACAUCCAAGAUCUUUCAAAAGAUAGCUUGUCUUCAACACCUUUAAUGGUUGUUGAGAAUGGAUGUGGAAGUCCAUGUAUAGACUUCCGACAGGUCAGCUCUGAACUUGCGGCCGCUGCAAAGGAUGCUGACCUUAUGAUAUUGGAAGGGAUGGGUCGUGCCCUGCAUACCAAUUUCAAUGAACGUUUUAAAUGCGAUACUCUAAAGCUUGCAAUGGUAAAGAAUCAGAGACUGGCAGAGAAACUAAUCAAAGGAAAAAUAUACGAUAGCGUGUGUCGAUACGAAGCAGCAGCUGGUUGAAGCCUUAGCUCGGUGACAGCUGAUUCAGUGUAGAUAGAUAAUAAGCUUUCUAGAAAUCAUGGAAAGGCUUUUUGAAGCAAUUAAGUCAACCGAAAUAUUUAUGGUGAACGGAAACAAAAAUACAAUUUGUACAACCUGUUUAGGAAUCAGAAUUUGUGUUAGAACUUUGUGUAUAUCUCUACUCUCCGUUAUUCAACUUUCUUACUAAACCGUAUGACAGUAAAAUAGGACAAUAAAAUUCUCUAUGUCAAGUUUCUUUAGUC